AUGAGUAAAGGAACUAGAAAAUCUUCAGUUCGUACUAAAAGAUCAUUAGUUGUUUUAAAUAACCAACAAACUAAUAUUAGUAAAAUUGAAAAUGAAAUUUUACCUUUAGAAGAAGAGAAAUUUUCAAAUAUAUAUUCUUUGAAUACUACAAAAAAAGCCAAAUCAGACGAUAGUGAUAUUAGAACUAUUUUGAAAGAUAUUGUAUUAAUGCAAAUUGACAUAGGAAAAAAUCUCAAAACAAUU